AGAUGUUAUUUUCGAACAACUAUAUCAUGAUGCACGUAAGGAGUAUGAUUCUGGUAUCAUCGUACGCAAUGACUUCUGUAUGUAUUUUGAUGCUCUCUCGGACAUAUUGGAUGGUAUGGAACCACUGAAUGUGUUAAAGGAUAAACAACUCUCUGAUUCGUAUAAAUGGAUUAAGGAUUUCAGCCAAUCAAAUAAACAACAAGGAGCUGAUCAAGAGAAAGUUAGAACAGUUAUGAAAUCGACAAUCAAUUUUCUAUGCCGUCAUAUGAAUUUGUUUCAAGACCUGCUGUAUCCUGAUUGCAUGUAUUGGCAUGAUAUCCUUCAACGCUUAUCGCUCAAAACAACCACUUAUGGCAUUUGCGGACAACGCACAUUGAAAAGAUUUUACAAAAUUAUCGGACAGAUUCUUACAAAUCAAAAUAGUGACGAGAGCGAAAUAUUGGUGAAAUUUAUGUACUAUUUCUACAAAGAAUUCGAAAAAACUAACUUAGAUUUAAUCUCAUUGCGAUUACUCGUUUAUGGCUUCAGUCAAAUGGCUGCGCCAUGCAAAGUGCACAUGACUCAAUUCAAAGUAAGACAUAUGUAUUCCAUUACAACCAGUUACGCGCUUCCUCUUUGUUCCAGCGAGCAUAGCCAUUCGACGCACAUAGAGAGCAUCUGUUGUUAUCAAGAAGCGCUUUCAGAAAUAUUACGUCACAUGACUGAUGUUACAAUUGAAAAUAUUAACAUCCUCAUAAAGCUUAGUAUCUAUGUGAUCAAGAGAUUCCCCGAUUUAGCAAUAUCUAACAACGCGCUCGCCAUUUCAACAUUAACUAAAACUAUCAGCAAUCUUGUGAUCGUUGAUAAAGAUCUACUGCAGCGAUAUCUAGACAGUAUAGUUUAUGACGGUAUUGCGUGGAGUUGCUCGCACACUUUGGCGCUUGACGCAGAGUUACAACGGGAAUUGAACAAUCUGAAACAGUCGCCAAUAUACUACAAGAACUACCUGCCACUGUGGACGGAGCUGUUGAACGCCGAGAGAUAUCGUGGACAAGAACAGUUAUCGCAACAUGUAGCCAACACCAUAAUAGAUGUAUGCAUUACGUUGAUUAAUCGGCUGAACAUAAACGUGAAACGAAGGAAUGAGGAUACCGUGUUGUCCGACGUGGCUCUGACUCAAAGCGCCGUGAAUCAAGCGGACUUCCGCGUGUUCGUGAAUAUCGUGGACCUCUAUGUCGACGUGAUCGAUGCGUCAGAGUCGCAGUUGUUCGCCAACACCGUACACAGAUUUCUCUACGAAGUCAUUCGAUUGUCAUACAAGUAUCCGCUGAUAUCUGGCUUCUACAAACUGAUUCGGACCGGUAUGAAAGUCUUUACUCAUACAUUAGAGGACGAAGAGGAGAAAAGCGCAGAGUCGCGACGGGUAGAGGAGCUUCUAUCUAAUUACUUAUGGCACACUCUCGAUCUGAUCCCUGCGUUCUCCAAUGAACUACUGAUCGCGUGCCUCUACUUUAUCCUGGACGCACCCUUCGCAUAUGUCAAAGAUAUGCUGUCGCGCACACUGCCGGCGUUUAAGAUCGCUUUCACUGUCGGUUUGAGCAACCUGGAACUCGCGUAUACCGCGCUCAUUGCCCUCGAGAUAUGGACGACAAAGGCACAGGAACAGAAACGAGAUAAACAAAUAAACAAACUGUUACGUGAGAUCAUCGUAUAUCUGGAGCCUUACUUGCGCAGCACGGAGAGCUCUGUUGAGGUCUCGCAAGACUUGAUGGCAGCGAGAAAACGCGUGAAACGUGUUGAAGUGAUCAACACAGAUCACACACUGCGAAACUACCAGCGGCGAGUUUUGCUGUUUCUCGGAUCGCUCGAUCACGAUAUAUUAACAAGUUUUGUACACGAACACGCUUCCCGUAAUACUGGGGCAUCCUGGGACUACAAGGAACUGUCCAAGGUUUGUAAGUACAGCAUGUUCCUGGGAGAUGCAGAACUAGUUAUCCAUUUCGACCGGAUGCUACCACGGAUAAUUGCGUUAGCGCGCGACUCUAGCGAUCGGCGCACGAAGAUUGCGGCCUGCGAGGUUCUACAUUCGAUGAUAGCUAUCAUUAUCGGCUCACUCUUAAAGUACCCCGAUUCAGAGACUCGCUUCCCCACUCUCUAUAGCACUUUAUGUCAGGCCGUGCUCGCCCUCGGCUGCGACUCAGACGAGGUCGUAUGCGGCCUCUUCCAUCCACUGGCGUUGCAGCUGAUGCGCUUCUGGAGCUCCAGUCUCGAGUCGAUGUCCUUGGUGAUCGAUUCACUGUUCGACAGUUUGACCAACGACUCGAAUCCCGCUUUGCGUGAGUUCUCCGGCAUGUGUCUUGCAGAAUUCAUGCGCUGGUCAAUCAGGCAGAGCACGACAAACAGGAUGGAACAUCAUGUGCGUACGAUCAUCAAAAAGAUCAAUAAUCUCGCGUUGCAUCCCUUGACGCGUAAACGCAUAGCCGCAGCCGUAGCCUUCAAUCAUCUCUAUGUGAUUCUACGUGAGGAAGACAACAUAGUGUCAAUUCAUUGGCUGGAGAUAUUCUAUUGUUUUGUCCGCAGUUUAGAAGGAUGCGACGAUCCGUCAAUCACGAAUGCACUGGCCCAUAUCGAGAGAGUGAUGAAAGUCAAAGCGGAAAGUCUAAAAAUGUCCAAUUCCCAACGUCGAAAACCACACGAGUUCGACAACGCGACUCUGACCUACGCUCUGUACUGGUUGCUGUCACAGUGCGGAAAUCUCGACGAGAAUUGCCGUGUACAAUGCAUGGAGCUGUACGUUAACGUGUCGCAGCAUAUCGACAGUUCCGCGCAGGAAACGACGCAGAACUUUGUUCAUACUUACGGAAUAAAGCGUCUGAAUAAUAUCAUCUUGAAAGGCUUAGAAUCGAGUGUGAAGGAUAUUUCCGUGGCCAGUAACAUGACACCGCUAUUGAAAGCUCUGGAUUAUUACAUGUGGUUGAUAAACAAGGAAUUGCUGCCGGUAGAAAUUUUCCUCAACAUUCGUAGUUUUGCUUAUCAAUUCUGGCGAAUAAUCAAAGAGUCCUCGAUGGGAACAGUUGCGAUCACAAUGAAAUCUAAAGAACUCGAACAGCUGCAGGCGCUACAGUGCAAAGUUUUGAUGACUACGUUAAAUUUCAUACAAGUGUUAUUGAACGUUAACAUCAAUGUUCCGGAAUCAUUAUGGGACGAAUCGUUGUCCGCUUUAACGAUUAGAUGUAUAAUGCAUCCACGAACGCUCGGUUUCGAUGUGAAGAAUAUCAAGAUGACAGAUAAACUGCCACAUGUCUUGGAAACUCUGUUAAAUUCCAUGAGAUUGAGGUACAAUUAUGCUCUGCCGGAUUUCUUUAACAAGUGUCUUUCAAAUUUUAUUCGAGAAAUCGUCACGAAGUUUCUUGAUCUACAAGAUAUAAGAAACGACUCCUGCGACGAUCUGAUCCAACACGUUAACGGUUUGAUUCUAUUAAAGCGGUGUGAUAUGUUAAACCUAACGAUGUUAGAAACGAGUGCUUUCACGAACGCUGAUUACACGAUCGAGCAGAUCUUUAAAUUUUUGGUGAGCGAAUGUAUCGGGGAAUGGGCCUGCAAGGACUUGAGUAUGCAAAUGAUUGAGUACUUGCGAGCUCUGAUGGAAUUUCAGUUUUCGCUACUCUCGGCGACAAUCGAAACGCCGAUGAUAAUACCCGAUGAUGUUCGAUCGAUAAUCGAUAUACUGAUGCAAUUAAUGUCCAACAGUACUGUAGUAACCAGUGUGGACUGCACGAUAAUCACACACGGCGAACAUUUUCUGAAUACAUUCAGGAAUGUGAUCUUCAAAUACAUGUUAACGCACGUGAGCGCGAUCAUGUACGUCUUCGAAAAGUCGUGUGACAAUCCGUCCUUUCUGCUGAAAUGGAUUGAGGACAUGUUACUGUUCCUGAAACAACACAGACGCGAACGGCAAGCUCACAUGGACACCGUGGUCGACUCGAUUCUGCAGCGAUUCACUUAUCUCAAGAGCAUCGUCUUUAAUGUGGACAGUCGCAAAGAGAGACUGAUUAAUAUCUACAGUAUCGCAGUGCAUCUGAAGUCAAAGCCCACGGAGGUCUUGCAUAAUCAUGAAUUCUACCAGUGGAUUCUGGAUGAAUUAACGAAUAAUAACAAUCUCGAGUAUAAGACAAAGAUUCUUAAAAGCUUUUUCGUCUGCCUCACAGACGAUGUGGCGGAUCGCAACGACUUGCAGAUAAGUCGGACUCUAAGAAACAACAGUCGAUUCCUCUGCUCGAAUCUAUCUGAGAUGAGCGUGAACGCCAUGAAGGUGAUCGAUUGUUUCGAGACGCUGCUAGUAUUGUUGUCGACAACCAGAUCGAAGACGAUGCUCAAGUACGUGAUAGACUUUGCCGCCGGUACCGGAAAUCGUCUCUUCGACGAAAAACUGGAGGAGCAUCUGCGUGGAUAUUACUACGGAGCGUCCCUUGAACACGUUUUAGAUUCGCUGCAAAAGACCUACUCUGCGUUCAUGGAAAUGAACAUUACCGAAACGGAAAGACUUGACAUUCUGCACGGAUUUCUCUUGCCAGCAUUCAAAUUUUGCGACUCAGCCGCGAUCGAGAGCUUUUUUGACUAUAAUUACAAAGUUCUGUACGAUUAUUACAUUGAUUUUUUAAAUAUCUCUAACGAUGAUGCAAUCAAGCAAAAAAUCGUGACGAUGAUUGGAUAUUCCCAAUUACUGACGAUUAUGUUUGCCAGAGUGGACAAGAACAAAAUACAGGCGAACCAAACGACCAUACAGAAUCCAGGAUCUAAUACAAGUAUCCUGGUCAAAAGGAAUGAUUAUCAACAACUGGGUCAGAUUACCAAAAAGAUGCAAAUGAAGAUACGGAAAUUCAGGUGGUCAGUAUGUCAAAAACUCGUACGUCAGUUGCAGUGUUCUUUGUAUAAUUGCUUGUUGGCGAUCAUAAGCUUGAAGGAGGAUGAGUACUGCUACCGUAUAGUGUUCAGUGAACCUUACGUUUGGGAGGAUAUUAUAGACUGUAGAACGCAGUACGAACUUGAUCAGAUUUUCAAGGAGUAUCCAAAGACCCACGAGAUCACCGUCAAUAUCAGAUCCGCGGAAGUCGAGAGUGAGGAACGACAAACUCAUAGAUAUACCUAUGUUCACAGUUACGAUCUAUCGGCUUGUACAUUAAGCGAAGACAUUAAUGCCUACGAUCUUAACAAAUGUGUCGUGUUGCCGGCCGAUUUUCAUCGUUCCGCUUCGACAAUGAAUUCUGCCGAUUCCGAUCCACUUCGCACACAUAAUGCAACGAGCAUCACUUUAACAAGCAACGAUUUUGACAAGCACGAAUGCAUGCCGUAUAUUUGCGUUAUAUUGCGACACAUCAGAAAGGUAUUCGUAUCGACUAAUACAGAACCCAAAUGGCUUACGUGUUUCCUCAACGCCAUGCAGCGCGAUAAUCUUCAUGCUAAUAUUCAGCUGUUCAUGCUAAAAAUCAUUUCAAACACGGCAGACGAGGUGUUUAAGCCCUACGCCAAGUUCGCGCUGACAAGAAUCAUCAAGACUAUUGCUAAUUAUUUGCAAGGAAAUAAUUUGAAUUACAUUAUCACGGACAUUUUGGAGAUACUGAUGGAUUGGCACAAUGUAGCCAUACCAAACGACGAAGAUGGUAAAGCAGAGACACAAAGACUUUUUGAGAGAUUUAUUGAUAAAGUAUUCAAAAGGAAAUCUAACGAUAAAGACCGUAUCUACAACUAUAAUCUCAAUCUGUUAAGGACCAUGGUGGAAAAGUGGCGCAGCUGUUUGCGAAUACCAAGCGAUUUUCUAAACCAACAAAUAACAUCCGCGUCGCCGGCCGCGGUGUAUCUUAUCCUGGUAUUUCUCGACAACAAUAUGACGGAGGAGAUUGUCAUUAGAGAUGAUAUUGUCAAUUUUCUAUUGAAACCGUUGAAAAAUUGGGAUACACCCAAUUCGGACAAGACGCCUCUGCAUUGCUGCAAGUGUCUUGGCUUGUACCUAUGUUUUUUGGAUAACAACUAUCGUGACGAGAUUGAAAGAGAUAACAAGAAACGAGUGGUAAAGGAGCAAAUUUUCAACAUCUUGGGUUCUUGGGUAUUUCAGAAAUACAUAGACAAACAAGUGGAACGCGUCGCUGUUCUCUGCCAAACUUAUCCUGAGGUGGCCCAGGACUAUUUAAAAGUCGCGAUCAGAGCCAUGAGUACGACGAAAUACCCGACGAAAUGUCUAGAAAUAUUUGCGUUAGCGAUACCCAGGCUCGACAUAAAAGACGUCGUGACCAAUCUGUACCACAUAGGCCUGCAGAAAAUCUUAAAAACUCGGAUGUCGUCCUGCGAGAAGAUAGCAUUGCGAAUCGUCCGCGACGUGGUGAACAUCUUGCCGAUGCAAGAUCUGCCGCCUUACAAACAAGUGAUCUCGUACAUCAAGGACAAUAUCACGGAACACCGAGAACUGGUCUACGACAUACUCAUGGAGAUCCACAAGAGAUGUUCGGCGGACACCACAGUGGAUAACAAUGCAAUCGUGCAAGAUCUACUGUCCGUCAGUAAGCGAAAUCUAGUGGCCGGUCUGUUGGACCCGUCUCCCGAUCUGCAGGACAGAAUACUGGAGUUCUGGACAAAGGAGAUGAAACUGGAUACAAAGAAUUUGAAAGAUCGAUUAGUCUCGCCUUUGACCAUGCCUUCGGCGCGACUAAUAACAGAAGAGGACGCAUUCGCACCCUUCGUGGCGUUGCUGAUGUUGCAGCAGGCCACUAAAUCGAUACUUUACACCAAGAAGAUAUUUGACGAGCCUCUGCCUAACAGCAGCCGUUUCGAGGAAUAUAAGAUAGCCGUUUCCUGGCGAAGGCGAAACCUGAGCUGCGUAACGCCAAUGUUCGUCGACUCACUCGCCUCCCAAAUAAGCUACAGCAUCUUCUCUCAGAGUGUCGAUAACGAUUUAAGCGGGAUAUGUAUAACUCCUACAUUCUCUUAUCCACGUCUCUUGCAAGGUUUACGGGCAACGCAGGAUUUGCAGUUCGAGCCGACUCUUGAUGACGACGACGAUGCCGCGGAUGCAGCCACAACGUUUGAUAUUUCAUCGCACGACACUGGAUUUGAUCGAACGAUAAUCGCGUCCUCGUCGAGACAAUCGCUACGGACUGCAGGGCGCGAGAGAUUCACCAGGAUUCUUGCGAAUACGUCAAAUACCACGAACUUUCGUAACGCGCAAAUACAAAGAAAUCUGCAACGGGAAGAAAGAAUACAGCAGGAGAACAUCAGACAAAGAAGCAGCGUGAAAUUGUACAGAAACUAUAGGAUCGGAGAAUUGCCCGACAUCGAGAUAACUCACAAGAGUUUUAUCGUACCGCUUCAACAGUUGGUCAAAUUGGACCGGCUGAUUUGCAAAGACGUGAUCGUGUCCCUGUUCUGUUCACUGACCAAGGAAACGAUUAAUCAAGAAAAUAUCCGUCAGAUCAUCGUGGACAAUCUGAAGCAAAUCCUACAUGAUUCGUGCAAAAAGGACAGCUCUUUCAACGCUGUUAUUUUAGAAACGUUACUAAAAUUGACUCAAGACGCUGCUACAGUCGUCAACUGCGAUCCGCAAGACGUGAUGAAGGCAUCUAAGGCAAAUCAUUUGAACGACUUGGAACACAGUUUACUGCCUGAUGCGCAGAAGGAUGACUCGUCGCCCACAUCAAGCAAGAGAAUGCGACUUCAUGACGAUGCAAUUCGCUACGAGGAGAUCAAUAAGUGGGUGCAAUUAGCGUCUCUCUAUAAAUCUCUGAAUGAUGUUGACGUCGUUCUAAGUAUCUUCCGAGGACAACAAUUUUUCGGCCAGAACGUGCAGGAAGCGGCUCUCGCGGAGGUGAACGGAGAUUGGAUUCAAGCGAAGAAUGCGUUUACAAAAGCUUAUGAAGAAACAUCAGAUCCUUCAAUAAAGGAACACUGCCUGCAAGGGUUACUUGAGGCAGUGAACAAUCUCUGUGACUGGUCAGCGAUCGAUAAAUUCGUGAAGAGCCAUGCGAGAAAUACGAACCUACGUAAUAUCUGGAACGACGCAUGGAAAGACUGGAUCAUCCCGUAUGCUUGCGAUGCCUAUGUACAUAUGAUAUCGGGAUCGUGGAUAUAUAAUCGAGAAAAAUUGCAGCAUCUUAUGCCCUUGACAGGCGAAAAUCUGGUGAUAUUUUUGCUCAACAAGGAUGUGACAAAGGCGACCGAUCUAUUAAAUGAUCUCUUGGAUAUGACGGGAAAGCAAUGGGUUGGGCUCAAUCCCCUCUGUACCGAGCUGCGAAUACGCAAAUUAUUCAAGCUGCAAAUCAUGAACAAUCUCGACGCUUCGCUCAAGAUUCUUCGAUGCACGAACAGAGCAGAGUACUUGAACAGAACGAUUGCGCUAUUGAAUUUAUGGUCGAUGAAAACGACUACAAUUCGAGACAAUCUCAUUCAGUGGAACAAAUUAGUUGCUAAUCGAGCAUAUUCCUCGAUAUUGUUCCAGAACAAAUGUAGAAAACUGGAAAUGACGAAGCGGUGUUAUCAAAUCAACUACCAGCUCCGAUUAGACAUCAUCAACGCCGCGUUGAAUAACAAACACCGAUAUAUCGCCGAGAAACAUCUGAAUUAUAUAAGUGAAGUAUUUCCUGAGGAAUACGUUAGUUACCGGGACUUAGUAUGGUUUAAAGCUAGACUCAAGUCUCUAUUCGCCGAUGUUGAGACCGACAUUUUCAAGAAAAUGUCCGAUUACACUACUUCUUGGAAAAACUCGCAUAGAUUAUUGAACGAAAACUGCAAGCUCGAUGCUGACAUGAGCAAUGUCAUCAGAGAACAUAUCAGCACAAUGGCUUCGAAGAUCGAAUUCUUGAGUAGGGAAGACCAGGAGUUUACAAUAGCAUUGAAGUGCAAGACUACGAUCCUGCGGGACAUAGGAAAAGUAGGAGACAGGGAAGAAAUAUCAGCGGUACCAGGAAUACCAGUAGGUGACCUGGAUAAAAUCCGAAAACAUUUGCUGGAUUACAGUUUGAAGAAGCUACAAUCUUGCUGCGAGGACACGACCACUGCCAAUAUUGGCAAGCACUAUUGCGCCUUGGCUAAACACUGUUACGGCAGACUAAUGAGCACUGAUGUAGAAAGCGACGAGAUCUUCCAAGAAUUUCUAUUGUCCACUUUGAAAUCUAUGUAUCAUGAUUGUCUCGAAGCUACACAUUAUUUCCCCUGUUUGCUGAGAUCUGAACGAUUACAGAACGACGAAACGCGAGAAAGGUUUGUCCGAGAAUGCAAUGAAUUGCGGCCAUGGCUGUUUCUGCGCUGGCAAGACUUGCUUUUUUCCCAUCUAGGAACAUCGUCGAUCUCAAUCGCGAUUAUGCCGAUCAUCGAGAAGCUCGCCAAGACUUAUCCCGAUGCAAUUAUCUAUAAUUAUUACCUUACCGUCGAGAGAAACCCCAGUAUUCUUGAGAAUGUGAACAUUCAGCGAAUACGUUCGCUCUUACACGACAAAGCGGAAGAGUACGAGCGGUUCUUGCGAGCGAUGCAAUACGUGGUGCAACCGAAACUAUAUUUGAAACAUUUCCUCGACAAGGCGAUGAAAGAUCUAUCUCCAGGGAAUACGACGGAAAUAAUCGAAUCGUUAUUACAAAAAGUCUAUCCAAAUUCCAGUACAGGCAUAAUAGAAGGAAAGAACCCGCGACCAGGCGCUAUUUUUACAAAUUGCGAAGAAAUGAAAAAGUACGAGAGCGACAUAAAAUCCUUGAAUUCAAACGAUGAUCUUGAAGCCGUGCGAAAAGGAAUGGCAAAACUUAAGGAAUCAUUGAUCAGGUCCAUUCAGAGGCAGAACAAUAGAAACAAUAGGAAAGGGAGCACAAGUGAGCUGAAUAAUUACAGCCCGUUCUUAUACGAAUACGUCGAUGGCGGUAUCGAGAUACCCGGACAAUACACUGGUGACAGGGAACCCAUACCGCGUUACCACGUAAGGAUCGCGCGGUUCGAACCGCAGGUGGAGGUCAUGCAAUCGCUGCGCAAGCCGAUUCGCAUCAGCAUGAUAGGCAACAAUGGCAAGGAGUACAAGUUUCUGGUGAAAUUUGGUGAAGAUCUAACGAUAGACCGGGGCCUACAGCAAUUAUAUUCCACUAUGAACAGAACGUUGCACAACGAUCCCGGCUGCAGACAGAGGCGCUUGGCCAUCGACACGUACGAGGUGAUUCCACUAUCGAGCUCGUUCGGUCUCAUACAAUGGAUUGAAAACACAAGAUCUUUGGAUGAACUAAUAUGCUUAACCCUGUCAGAUAAUGAGACAGAUCGCUGCAAGAAGAUUGUUAAGGAAUACGCGGAAUGGAUACAGAAAGCGGCGCCCGAAAAACGACUGAUCCCCGAUUGUUAUAUAGAAGCUGUAUCUAAGUACAACCAGCAAACGGUCACGAAGAAGAUGAAUUACCUGAUUAGAGAGACGAAGCAAACAGCUCUACGUGAGGCGUUUGAUGCGAUCAGUCAGUCCCCGGAGUGCUUCGUUACGCUGCGACGCAACUUCAUCAUCAGUUACGCGACCAUGUGUGUAGCGCAUUGGCUCGCAGGAAUCGGUGAUCGCCAUCUACAGAACACUCUGGUGCACGUCGCGACCGGACGUUGUUUAGGCAUCGAUUUUGGUUAUGCUUUCGGCAGUGGUAUACGUGCGUCGGUACCGGAACUCGUACCAUUCCGUCUGACACCACAAAUCCUCGAGCUACUACGACCCUUCACAGAGCGGGACCUCCUAGCGACGAUCAUGAAUCAUACAAUGCAGGCCUUGCGCGAUGACCAGGGUCCGAUCCUCGCUUGCACGGACAUCUUCGUUCACAAGCCCGUCCAGUGGAACAUUAAUGAUGACGAGAUAAUGAAAAAUAGCGAUGAAAAUAUUGACGCAGAUUUAAUAUGGUCCAAAAAAAAUAUUGAGAUAGUUGCGAAAAAGUUAAAUGGAAUCCAUCCUUCAAUUAUUACAUUAGAACAAUUGAAAGAAGUGCAAUCGUCAAAAGCAUUAAGAGCAAUUGACAAUAGACACUUUGCGAAAUAUGACGCCAUUGUCUCCGGAAAUGAUGAGAUCAAACAAGCGCGAGCAGAUAUAAAAAAGGACCAUUUGACUACUGUAGAACAGGUGGAUUGUUUAUUGGAUCAAGCAAAAGACUUGAAUAUCUUGGGCCGUAUGUACCAAAAUUGGAGACCCUGGUUGUAAGGCUGUGUAAUAUUUAUAAAAUAUAUGAAU